CUAGUGUCACAUUGUUCCUGCUCAUGCGCCAGGUUAAAAAGAUGGUUGGCGUUUGGAGUUUCGCAUUAGAACAAUGCAAAGAAACAGUGUUGUUCUUUACCGAAACAAAGAGUGUUGUGGUCACACAGAGGCGGUUCGUGCCAUUUUCGAACGCGAUAGGUGCCUUCAUUCAAAACAAUUCAUAAACUUUAUAACCAGUUUAAUAAUGAUGGUUCGGUGUUGGAAAGGAAACGUCCCUAACCUUUACCUGUGCGUUCACCGGAGAACAGUGGCGCUGCAAAGAAACCCCAGUGAAUCAACAGUACUAGGGAUAUGCAGACAGUCGGUUCUGCAACUAUUGAAAAGUGACUUCAAUUUGUAUCCGUACAAAAUGUUAGUGUUGCCUAAACUUACAGUUUAAAACAAACAUCAAAGACGGAUUUGCUGAAUGGGCUCAGAAUAAUGAGGUACCGUUCAACAAUGUUUGGUUUUCUGAUGAGGCACACUUCAGCUUGGAUGGCGUGGUUAAUAAACAGAAUGUGCAGUUUUGGACGUCAGAGAAUCGACGCGUGAUACAUGAGAAGGUGCAUAAUGCACCGAGAAUUACAGUGUGGGUCGCCAACACAAGUCAUGUCCUGCUAGGGCCAGUUUUCUUUGAAGAGACAAUGAACAGUGAGCACUAUAUAAGCAUGUUACAUGAUACUUUUGUGCUUCACCUUCUUGCUACAGGUUUGCCGUUACAAACUCAGUGGUUCAUGCAGGAUGGAGCCAGGCCACACACAAUGAAUGCUGUUUUAAACUUUCUACAUGACAGUUUUGACUCGCAUGUCAUCUGAAACUAGUUUCCUGAUCGUUUCACAUGCUGACAGAACUGGACCCCGAAUACCCCUGAUUUAAACCCUUGUGACUGUUUUCUUUUGGGAUUCCUUAAGAAAAAGAUUUUUCUGAAAAAGCCACAAACAGUAAUGGAAUUGAGAGCACAAAAUAUCAAGCCUACAGCGAGAUAACUGAAGAUAUGUGCCAUCAAGUAAUCAGCAUCACAGUUCAUGUUGAAGAAGUUGGCAGAUGUAAUGGUGGUCAUAUUGAAUGCUUGAUUCACACAGGAAAAAUCUCCAUGCAAUGGUCUUUCUAUGAAUGAGCAGUAUGGUGAAAUUAUCUAUAAAACACUGCACUUCAGAGGCCAUAAUGCAGCACUUGACUCUUUGGCCCUAUUGGAAUACUUACAAAAAGUCUUUGAAUUGGAUGAUACUACACACAGUCAUCUCCUUGCAGUAGCAAGAGCAAGAAAGGCACCAAAAGUUCUUCUUAAUGCUGAAGUAAUUGAAGCCACAAUUUUGAAACCCACUGAUGCAAAUGGUUUAAGUAGCCCAUUUUGUUCCCUUUAUUUGACUUCUAGUAACACUGUGCAUCACAACACAUCAGUGAAGCUGGAAACUUUAAAACCAGUAUGGAAAGAGGAGUUUCAAUUAUCAGUAGAAAAUCCAGAAGAUGAUGUCCUCUGUGUUGAGCUUUGGAAUUUCAUCCCAGAUAAGACAGUUCAAGAGAAGAUUAAAGAGAUUAGAAAGGUGAAGGGUGUGAAAGGUCUAAAAAUAUUACUGAAAGAGGUUGUAUCUUCAGCAUCUGCAAGAAAACAUGACAAUAAAUUGAUUGGAAGUGCAUUCAUUCCUUUGAAGGAUAUUUCAGCAGCAGGCCAAUUAUUGUCAUACAGAAUAAAUAAGAAAGACAAAAUGAAGAAACGGGGUGAUAUAAAGCUUCACCUAACAUUUUGCUUUGAGAACACAAAGGCAGCAUUCGAGGAACACAGGCAUCUGAUCAGGAAUGUAAUUCUUCAUGAAAUUAAAACUUCACAGGUAGAACCACACAGUUGGAAUGGAAAUUUGUCAGGACUUGCUGAGAAAAUAUUAAUUCAGCAUCGUGUCCAAAGUGGUCUCUCCCUGGUUUCUGAAACACUGGCUCAAUGGAUUGAGUUCAGCAACAUCCACACAUGUCACCCUCUUAGCUUUACCAUAUUCUUGUCCUUGCUACAGAAACUAAACAGGACCAUUCAGGAAGAUUUGGCCACAGAGGAAGAGAAGAAGAUGUUCUGGAAGGCUGCAGUUACAUUACUACCAUUCUGUCUAUCUGGAAUUAGAAAUAUACAAGUACUCGCUUCAAAUAAGAAGACUAUAAAUGAGCCAUCCAUUAUUCUCAGGCUUUUAAGUCUUUUGAAAGACCUACGGCCUCCUAGAGACAUAAUCUUGUUUCCAGCGCCUGUUAAUGACUGGCCGCCAUGGAAAAAGAAUACAGAUUAUCGCGACAUUCACACUGCUGUCAUUGAAACAACCAUACAAGGAGCAGCAGAGUGGUUUUCCAAGGUCACCGAAAAUUAUGGUGUGAAUGAUGUCAGUGAUGAAGAAGAAAAGAUAAAAGGACUUUGUAAUGUCGUGGUUACUGUGACAGUGUCUCUGCAGAAAGCCACAGACCUUCAUGAUACAAUAUUUCAAGAGUAUUUCCAUUUCCCAUAUGUAGAUGCGCUAUACAAGCUCUUUGAUGAUAAAUUUGCAGAGACAAUUGAGCCAACUAUUGCAAGCAUAUGGACAUGCAUGAACCCACUGAAGUUUAAGGACAGCACAGAGGAAGGGAUUUAUGACAAUGAUCCUCUGGCUGUUGGUUCUGCUUUAUUUGAACUUUAUACUAGCCUGCAAAAGUUCCACAGGCUAGGCCACACCAAGUGCCAGGAGGAUGUGGAUUUAACCCUUCCUAACAAGUUCCAUGAGUGGUUCCACAGAGGAGUCAAUCAUUGGCUCUGUAUGUCACAGUACAAAGCUUUGCACUGGAUACAAAAGGCAGUACGACUAGACAACUUGGUUCCUGUUUACACUGACACCAGACAUAGCUCAUCAGCAUGUGAUAUUCUUCUCAUAUUUGAUCAGAUCAAAAUAUUUUGGAUGCAACUUGCUUGGCCAAAUGCCAAGGGCUCCGAAGAGUUUGCAGAGAAAAUCAUUAGUGACAUUGGUGAAUGUUUAAUUUUCUACGCUGAUCAAAUGUGUCAAAGAGUAGAGGAAAUAUGUGGAGCUGAAAUUUUUAGUGGCAAAAAAAUUCAGAUGUGGUGCUUAGCAGUAACAAACCUGAACCAUGUGCAACAAUCUAGCCAGAUUUGUUGUGAACUUGGAGUAGAUGAAAUUUCCACAGAAAACGGCAGGCAGACAGUGAAAGUGGCAAUUGAUAAAACAUUUGAAACAGCAAGGAAUAAAAUAUGGGAGGCAGCUGUGCAGAAGAUGAUGUCAUCGAUCAGCAAAAUUUUGAUGGAAACAUUUGAGUGCCUUGAAUCUGACGAGAGGAUGGGCAAACUGAUGAGUCAACUGGCUUACAAUCUGUAUACAUUUGGUUCACACCUUGAUUCCAUUAACUUCAGUUGCUUUCUAAAUAUCAUCUGGAAGAAUCUGUUCUGUAAACUAAAUGAGGUCCUGGAAAUAAACUUGAAGAGAGGGAAUUCAUUCUUUAAAAAAUUCCACGAAAUUCUGCAGAAUGUAUCUGAAAUUUUUAAGCAAUUAAAUGAAAAUGUUGACUUAAGCAACUUAACAGACCUGGAGCAACUAUUGCUAGUACAUGAAAUGGACACAUGGGAGUUGGUGCACCAGUAUCGCAUGGAGCAACUUUCAGAGCAGAAAAGAAUGCAGACAUCUAGCCAAGGUCUUCUUACAGUCAGGAUGAUGUUUCUGGAAGACAUCCUGAAGAUCGAGAUCUUGAAUGCAAGGAAUCUCAAACCAAUAAGUAGUAAAGGUUGUUGUUACCCAUAUGUUAAAAUUUAUCUCCUACCAGAAAGAAAAUUUCUGGGACUUGGACAGCGAAAAACGAAGACUCAGAGGAAUACAAUAUUUCCACUCUUUGAAGAAACUUUUGUGAUACAACUGAAGUCAGUGCAUCAGAAAGUUGAAAAUGCAAUGGUGAUGUUUGUGGUUAAGGAAAAGACUUUCUUAAGAGAAAGCAGAUAUCUGGGAGAAACACUGGUAUCUUUUGACGACAUCCCUGUAUAUGAUGGUACCACAAAAUUUGAACACUUAGAACAGAUGCAUUUGAAACUCAAUUUACCAACAAAACUCGAUUCUGGAGCAUUUGUGGUUCUAGAACAUUACCAUGAAGAAUUAGCAAGAGAAUUUAUCAAGAGUAGACAACUGAGAAAAUGCAGGAACAACGCUUCGUGCAACAUUUGUGCUUUUUCUGAGGAUAUAUGGGGAUCUGUAAUAAAUAUGUUGUCUUAUAUGAGCAAGGGCCCACUCCACAUCAAUGUUUUACCAUUUCUGCCUCGAAGAGCAUCAAGAAAUAAUAAAGCCUUGUUAGCAGUGUAUUCAGAACACACAUUGAGUAAAACUUAAAGAUGUCAUUCAGAAUGGCAUCAGUGUUGUCUGUGCUUACAGUUGCAAUAGCAGUAAAGCUCAUGUUUGUUUGAAAAGUUCACUUACUGAACUUUCUGACUUAGAUGUUUGCAUAUGAUCACUGUGUCAUAGUUCAAGCAAUUACAUCUUGGCUUCUCACUGCAGAGGCCCAUAUUCAAUCCCAGAUAACUUCUUGUUUCAUUUAUGGUGGACAGAGUGGUACUGGAGCAAGCUUUACUCCAAGCUUCUUCAGUUUUUUCCGCUAAUUGUCAUUGCUCCAUAUUCAUCUGUCACUAUCCCUUGAGGUGUGCCUAGCCUUGACUGGGAACCACAUAUCACUCUCCCAUUCUUUUAAGUUCACGACUUCAGCUCUGGCCUGGCACUUGUCUGGUCACAGACUAAGGAAGUUGUGAACAGGUAGAAUGAGGUAUGAAAAGAAAUAGAGAAACAUUGAAGCAAUAGAAAACAGUGGGUAGAUAAUACAAAAUGAGUUGUAUGCAUAUAUAUAGGAGGAUGGCAGAACAUAAAUUAUCAACUAAGUCACUCCAUGCCAGCUGAAACUUGUGAAACAGGAGCCAACAAAAAAAAAACUCACACACACACACACAGUGAUGGAAAUAAGGAAUUUCUUGGAAAGGAACUAAGUGAGUGGCAGUUUUGAGUAUGGGAAUGGGGAACUUAUGUCACUGGUAACAACCAAAGAAAGUGAUAAUAAAGCUGCUGAAAGUCUGAAAUCAAAUUGAUCUUAAUGUUGUGCUAAGGAAACUUCAUGCAUCAAAACAAACACAGAGUGACUCUCAUUCCUGGUCAGAAGGAAGUGGGGUUCCAAUAAAAUAAUUCAUUCCUCUUAUGUUCGAGAAGUAUCAUUUUGUAACAGCUUGAUUCAUUACUUUAGCACAGUUAUUAACAAAUUAAUGAAGACCUGCUUCUGCACAAAAGACAUCUCCAGUGAAUUAUACCGUCUCCACUGACAAGAACUUUGUUUACUUAACAUUGAAACCACUGUGAUAUUGUUAUCUUUUUCAAAUACAGAAUGCACACUUGUGUUUUUUAGAACAUUA